UCGGCUAGAUAUAUACACAUCCAUGUAUUUCUAGUAGCCGGUAAACAGACUGAACAAUUAAUUAAUUUAAAAAAAAAAUAUUUAAUUAAGUGUUUAAACAAAGAUUUAAAAUAAUGGCUCAUCCCAAGAGCUUAUUAUCUUCAGUGAUAUUAUUAAUAACAAUACAAGUGGUGUAUUUAACAUCGCCGGAAAAAAUAAACGCCGAUGUGGUGCUGAAGAAUGUCGACAGGACCAUCGAUCUCCAGUCACAAGUAACCAAAGUAUCAUCAAAACUGGUUGUAGAAAAUACUGGAAAAACUCCAGUAAGACAUUUCGUGUUUGCCAUUGAUGAUAACAAACAUCCUCAGCUGAGUUACAUAUCAGCCCAUACACGUGAUGCAAGCAGAACCGAGCUAAAGGUAACACCGAUAACACUUGAAGGUUAUCCUGGUAAAAGUGUUUAUCAUAUUGAUUUAAAAGAUCAGCUUCAAUCUGGCAGAUCGACUUCAGUCGAAGUUGAAACUGUUUUCACUCAUGAUCUUGAUCCCUACCCCAAAGAAAUAACUCAGCGUGAAAAACAGUUGGUUAAAUACACGGGUAAUGUUUUAAUUUAUUCACCUUACAGUGUAACUAAACAAACUACUAAUGUUAUCCUGCCAAACAGAAACAUCGAGAGCUACACUAAAAUAAAACCAGUAUCUUCAAGUGACUCAGCAAUUGUCUAUGGACCAUUUGACAAACGUCAAACAUUUGCCUACGAAGAAUUUACAGUACACUUUGAAAAUAAUAACAAAUUCCUGACUGUUACUAGAUUGGAACGAGUAAUUGAGAUCUCCCACUGGGGUAACAUCGCUGUCGAGGAGACCAUCGAUUUACUUCAUACUGGCGCGUUGCUCAAAGGUUCAUUUUCACGCUACGAAUAUACUCGUGAAUCUAAAUCAGGCCAAGCCAGUGUGCAAAGUUUUGAUACAGUCCUACCGGCAGCAGCUUCGGACAUAUAUUAUCGUGAUGACAUUGGUAACAUAUCAACUUCUCACACCCGAGUAAAGAAAGACUCGGUUGAGGUUAAUCUGAGACCACGUUUCCCGCUUUUCGGUGGAUGGAAAACCCACUACAUCAUCGGCUACAACGUACCCAGCUACGAGUAUCUUUAUCAUGAUGGUGAUAAGUAUGUCCUGAAAAUGAGGCUGAUUGAUCAUGUGUUUGAUGACAUGAUUGUUGAUGAAUUAAUUGUUAAAAUAAUUUUGCCUGAAGGAUCUAAAAACUUUGAAUUAGAUCUUCCUUAUUCAGCAGUACGUCUUCCGGAUGCAGUUCACUACUCAUACCUGGACACAACCGGACGUCCGGUGAUUACGUUGACCAAAAAGAACUUGGUGGAGAAUCACAUUAAAGACUUCAGUCUCAAGUAUAACUUCCCACGAGCUUUCAUGCUACAAGAGCCGAUGCUCGUCGUCAUCGCUCUGUACCUUCUGUUUCUUCUGGUCAUCAUCUACGUGCGUUUAGACUUUUCUAUUGACAAAGACGAGGCUUCCGAAAGUAAACUACGUAUUGCUGGACAGUGUGAAAAAAUUCUUGCUGCUCAAGACAAACGUAUCACGUCGUACAAUGAGCUAGAUGAGCAGCUGUCUCUCCUGAAGACCAGCAAAGACACCAACAGUUUUCUCUCAGCUGUAAAGAGUAUCAAUCAAGAGUACAAAAAUGCCAGCAACACCGUCACUGAUUUGGCGCAAAAAAUAAAAGGUGACUCGGCUGAUGUCUACGAGCGUGUUUGUGAAUUACAGAAAUUUGAUAAACUACUCAAGGAAUUGUACAACCAGCAGCAGGCAUUAUAUGUUGAUAAACUUGUACCAGGUAAAAUAAGUCGCACGCAAUUUGUUGAGGCUGAAACAACGAUUACUAAGAAAAAAGAAGAGUGCGUUGAAAAAAUCAACACCAUCAUCAAGUCACUUCAAAUUUAAAUACCAUAAUUAUUAUUAUUAUUAAUAAUCAAUAUUUGAAAAAAUCAUCAAAGCCGUCAAGUUGAUAUUUUUUAUCCUACUAAACUUCAAACGCAGAUAGUUUUUUUUGUCAUUUGUUAUCAAACUACUGCAGUAAAAGCUUUUAAUUUAAAAAAAAUCAAUUUAACGGCUCACAAAUAAUCAUCAUUUUAUUGACAUUAAUCUAAGAGAUUAAUUUUAGAUCAUUU